CAUAUCUAGUGAUUACGUGUUGGCUUUUUCGGUCACAGUUCCUAUCCUAACACCCAUUUAUCGUCGUCUCCUUCGUUCCGACCUUUUGUCUCUCUCUUUAGACCUGUUAGUUAAUCCAUGGCUUCACUUAGUUGUUACUAGUUGUGUUUGUCUUCUGUGUGAUAGUAAGUAUCUGUAAUAACUCGUAUUUGAUUUAAGGAAUGGCUACUUUGAACCCUUUUGAUCUGUUGGAUGACGAUGCUGAGGAUCCGAGCCAGCUCGCCGUCUCCAUCGCUGCUGAUAAGUCCAGGAAGCCUGCACCUGUCUCAGGCUUGCCUGCUAAGUCAACUCCUCCGUCUUCGAAGCAGCCUCCUCCUUCUCAAGCUGUGAGAGAGGCUAGGAGUGAUGCUCCACGUGGCGGUGGUGGUGGAUUUAGCCGUGGUCGUGGUGGUUACAACCGUGGAGGUAACAAUGGAUAUUCAGGGGGAUACAGUAAGCCCUCUGAGGAAGGAGACGUUUCAAAGCCUUCUUAUGAGAGACGUGGUGGUGGUGGUGUAGGUCCUCCGCGUGGUGGUAGACGUGGUGAAGCUGGUGAAGGUGAACGUCCUCGAAGGGCAUUUGAGCGUCGUAGUGGAACUGGCAGAGGGGGUGACUUCAAACGUGAAGGAGCUGGUCGUGGAAACUGGGGAACACCAGGAGAAGAAGUUCUUGCUGUCGAGACUGAAGAAGUAGCAGCUGGGGUUGAAAACGAGAAGGAUGUUGUGGAGAAGCCUGCUGAUGAUGAUGCUAACAAGGAGAACACUACUGAAGUUGAGGAGCAGAAAGAGCCUGAGGUUAAGGAAAUGACUCUGGAUGAGUAUGAGAAAAUACUCGAGGAGAAGAGAAAGGCACUUCAAUCUCAGAACACCUCUGAGAGGAAAGUUGAUACCAAAGUGUUUGAAUCAAUGCAACAACUCUCAAACAAGAAGAAGUCUAACGAUGAAAUCUUCAUCAAGUUGGGUUCAGACAAGGACAAACGCAAAGAUGACAAAGAAGAGAAGGCUAAGAAGGCUGUGAGCAUUAAUGAGUUUCUGAAACCAGCGGAGGGUGAGAACUACUACCGAGGAGGUCGUGGUGGCCGUGGACGAGGUGGUCGUGUUUCAAGUGGUGGUGGAUUUAGUGGUAACCGUAGUGAAGCUGCGCCUGCCAUUGCGGAUACUGCUCAGUUCCCAUCUCUUGGGGGCAAGUAAAGAGAUCCAUCCAUGAACACACGUCUGAAACACACACUCAUGCGGGAGUUUCAUGCGAGAGUCGUACUGUUUGCAUGUAUGUUGUCAGUUGUAAAUUUUUAGUUGUCUGUCAGUUUUUAGAUUUUCUGCAAACUUAUGCCUGACCGUUUUUUUUUCCUUUUUUUAAUUACUUUUGAAACAUUACUCGCUUUUAGUUUACCACUUCUUUGUCGUUGUUUUGUUGUUUAUGAAAACUUGUUUUAGACAGCCAAGUCUAAUGUUAUCGGUUUUGAGUCUUCUUUGAGUUCACUCUGUCAUCUCUUUCCUCAUGUUCAUAGUUCUGUAAUAGACAAAUAUUAAAAAGAUUCAAUAGUUUAUUUUCUAUUAA